GUUCUUAAGACGGCAUCCCUGGGAGGCAUCCCACAUAAUGAUGGAUGCCACGUUUAGAAUAAUCCCUAGGCGUCUGUCCAUUGGGGGUCCAUCAACUUUUUUCUGUACAUGCGAUUUACAUGGACAUUGCUUUCCUGGUGGCGAUUUUUCUGAUGACGAGGAAAACAGAAGAUAGUUAUAGAAGGGUGUUAACGUUUGUGAGAGAGCAGCUAAUCACCUGGCCUGUGGUGAGAAUCACCACGGACUUUGAAGUAGCACUGAUUAAUGCCAGCAAACGUAUCUUUCCAGGCGCCCAACACCAAGGCUGCUGGUUUCAUUUCACUCAGAUUAAAGAUGAGAAACAGAAAAGUGCUUUUGAUGACAGUUGGAUUGGAGCUGCACGUGGUGAUACAGCUACUCAGCCUGACUCCAAGGCCAAGAUGGUGCCUCAUAUUACUCAAUACAAUCACUCAAAUAAAGGAAAAGUGACAUGAAUGGGAAUCAGUUUAGUUUCACCAUUUUCUCAAC